CGCUGUUUUGUUCAGUCUCUGUGUGCGGUUUGUGUGGUGCGUGAAAAAUUUUCCCGUUUUGUGUUGGUGAAUAGCGGAAACAUGAAAACUUGUUUAAUCUGAUUGUUAAUUAAAGGAAAAAGUAAAUAAAAGAGCUAUUAUAAGUAUAUCUAUGCGAAAAGUGUAAUACUGUUUCGUAAGUUUAUUUACAUAUGGAAUAAAGAAACAUUAUAUGAGAAUCCGUGCAAUGAAAAAAAUGUUGAAAAUAUUUGUGGCAAUGCAGUGUGAAAGCGACGAAAACGCAGCAUAAAGUGUAAAAACCGAAAAGAUAAAUAAUAAAGGAAUUGAGAAAAGUGUUUGUGUGGUCUCGCCCCUUUUUGAUGCUGGGAAUUGACGAAAUUUAAACAUUUUCACUAUAUCGCGUUUAAUAUGACUAUGGCAUGACUGAAUAAAAGUCUUUGACGUCGUCGAAAGUCAUUAGUGCUCUUGGUUUUGUGUAAGCGAGGAGAAUUCGGUGUUGUACAUUUGAGUUUUACAACAUACUGUUUAUAAAAAGGUGAGACCGGCUCAUUGGUGUAUUAAGUUCUUAAUAAAUGAAAUAUUUUCAAUAUUAGCAACAACAAUAACAGUGGUAGCAGCAGCAAGAGCAACUAAAAAGUCAAUUCUUUGGGUCAAGGGAAAUACCGUACAGCAAUGAGAAUAACGUCGAAGAAAAUCAAACAAUAUAUAAACAAAAGAGCAAAGAAUAACACAUGACUGCAACACAAACGAAAUUGCCGACGCCGCCGACGAGGACGAGAACGAGUACGACGACAUAAAGGUCGCCGUGGCGUAACCGAACACGAUUACGAAGCCAAAGGCAACACUAAGCAAACACAGGCGAAAGAAGAAAAUAAAACUAACGAACGUGGAAUCAACAAAUCCGCAGUACCCGCAGUACUACUACAAAGGUGCUUGUGAGCACUGCACAGAACACAGUGCAACGUUACGACGGCACAGAGGGAUAAAAGACUCGUCACAAGCGCCAGUGCCACUAAAAAAAAAAUAUACAUUGAACAACCUAUAUACUAAACAUUAAACUACAUAAAACCGUGCGUGCUAAUUCACUAACUAAUACUAGAAGCGACGCCGAUAUAACUGUAACACAAUCGUACUAAGUGCAACAGUGUUUCCCAAACCGGUGUGUCACGUGCCCCAGUCACAACAACUAGUUUACUGCAUAUAUAAACCGUAAUCAAAAGGACAUCACGUCACUAGUGCAGCACGUAGCCAUAGCUGUAGGACUUAGUGAUAGUAGUUAGUAGGCGUCAGCAACUAACUGUAUCCAAAGCUUUUCAAAUUUAAAGCCCUCCACGUUUUUUCACUUUUCAAUCGUUAAUAUUUUAAUAAAAAAUCCAAAAACAAAUAACUUGACUGAUAGUUUAUUAAAUUAAUUAAACAUCUCAAUUGAAUUGAAAUUUAAACGAACAUUCACAAAACAACAACAACACUCGUACGCAUGCAACAAAUGAUCUCGAAAUCAAAACAGUACUCCACGAUAAUGCAAGAAACGCGCGAAACGGUCUAACUUGAUUCAAAGUUAGGCAAAAUAAAAGAAGAAUAAAAUACAAAAAGUAAAAUUGAAACAACUCAAAGCGAAAUUGACAAACCAAAAACCAACAAUUAACAUUGCCAAAAACGAACAAGAAUUGUAGCAUUUUUUAAAAACACGAAUAAGUGAAAAAAUACAACAACAACUACAACGCAUAUGAUACUAUUCGUAUAGACAUCGACGUUUAAUUAGUAAACCUCCAAAAAACACAAAUAAAAAGCUAAACAAAGCCAGAAUAAAUAACGGACAAAUCAAAUUGCAACCGUGCGUCUCCUCGCUGCAACACAGUGCGAAUAAUCAAAUUUGGUGCAACAAAAAAUAUUAAAAACUUAACUUAGCAAAGUGACUUUUACAUUACUCAACGCCUUUUUGUUGUUGCUUUAUAAAAUAGAGUGCCACAGCAGUGCGAGCUGGCGGAUAAGCAAAUUUUAUUUAUAACACAAAGCGUGUGAGCGAGUGAGCAUAGCAGCGGCCGGCGGGCUAAGCUCGUUGAUUGUGGCAAAUAGCAAGCGGCGAGUGUCAAGCAGACGAGCAAAAUGGGCAAUAAAUGUUGCAGCAAACGACAGGAUCAGGAGCUGGCACUUGCCUACCCGAGUGGCUAUAAAAAAUCAGAUUACACAUUCGGGCAGACGCACAUAAAUAAUAGCGGCCAAAAGCAUAACAAUGGCGGCUCGCUGGACUCCCGCUACACGCCAGACCCGAAUCGUGGGCCGCUCAAAAUUGGCGCCAAGGGCGGCGCAGACAUAAUACGCCCGCGUACAACGCCAACUGGCGUUCAAGGUGGUCUGCCCAAGCGACGUGUCGUUGUCGCCCUAUACGAUUACAAGUCGCGCGAUGAGUCUGACUUGAGCUUCAUGAAGGGCGACCGGAUGGAAGUAAUCGACGACACCGAAUCCGAUUGGUGGCGUGUAGUCAAUUUGAGCACACGUCAGGAGGGUUUGAUACCCCUAAACUUUGUCGCCGAGGAGCGCAGCGUGAACAGUGAAGAUUGGUUCUUUGAAAAUGUGCUACGCAAAGAGGCCGAUAAGCUUUUGUUGGCGGAGGAGAAUCCACGCGGUACAUUCCUGGUGCGUCCGUCGGAACACAAUCCCAACGGAUAUUCGUUGUCGGUGAAGGAUUGGGAGGAUGGCCGUGGCUACCAUGUGAAACAUUAUCGCAUCAAGCCGCUCGACAAUGGUGGCUACUACAUUGCCACAAAUCAGACUUUUCCCUCGUUGCAGGCGCUUGUGAUGGCCUACAGUAAAAAUGCACUUGGCCUUUGCCACAUACUGUCGCGUCCGUGUCCGAAGCCACAGCCACAAAUGUGGGAUCUGGGACCGGAAUUGCGUGACAAGUACGAGAUACCGCGCUCCGAAAUUCAAUUGAUCCGCAAAUUGGGACGCGGCAACUUCGGUGAGGUGUUCUACGGCAAGUGGCGCAACAAUAUCGACGUCGCCGUGAAAACGCUGCGCGAAGGCACCAUGUCUACGCAGGCGUUUCUGCAAGAGGCAGCCAUUAUGAAGAAGUUCCGACACAAUCGCCUGGUGGCAUUGUACGCGGUAUGCUCGCAGGAGGAGCCUAUCUACAUUGUGCAAGAGUACAUGUCGAAAGGCAGUUUACUGGACUUUUUACGCGAAGGUGACGGCCGCUAUUUACACUUUGAAGAUCUUAUCUACAUAGCCACGCAGGUGGCUUCCGGCAUGGAAUAUCUCGAAUCAAAACAACUGAUACAUCGUGAUCUGGCCGCACGCAAUGUGCUGAUCGGCGAGAAUAAUGUUGCCAAAAUUUGUGAUUUCGGUUUGGCGCGCGUUAUCGCCGACGAUGAAUACUGCCCCAAACAGGGAUCGCGUUUCCCUGUAAAAUGGACUGCCCCCGAGGCGAUAAUCUAUGGCAAAUUUUCAAUUAAAUCCGAUGUCUGGUCUUAUGGUAUUCUACUAAUGGAACUCUUCACCUACGGACAAGUGCCAUAUCCGGGCAUGCAUAGUCGAGAAGUCAUUGAGAAUAUCGAACGAGGCUUUCGCAUGCCGAAACCAACUAAUCACUAUUUCCCCGAUAAUAUUUAUCAUCUACUAUUACAAUGUUGGGAUGCGGUGCCGGAGAAGCGGCCAACAUUCGAAUUCUUAAAUCACUACUUCGAAUCGUUCACCGUGACGUCGGAGGUGCCCUAUCGAGAGGUGCAGGAUUAAGUAGCGUAGCACUCGAAAUGCCGAGAGUGAUACAGCGUUAUUGCCAGUGCGAUAUACAUACAUACACAUACAUAUACACAAACAUACAUAAAUUAACUAGAUUUAAUUGUAAGCCUUUUUAAUUGAAUUGAGAAGUGAGUCGUAAAAACAAAAACAAAAACAAAAAUAUCUAUAUUGAAACAAAAAACUUUUCAAUGGCAAAAGUUGAAAUAGCUGCAGCGUAAACGCAAAGCAGCAGCAUUAAGUUGCACACGCAACCGUUUGGCGCUGCUAUGUAUGGCCAGUGGGAUGUACCAAUUGAAGAAGAAUUUUUACAUUCGUAGAGAAAACUGCUACAUACUAAAAUCUAUUCUACAUUAUAUACAUAACACAUAGUACGAGUAUGAUAUAUGCGUACGUUUAUGAUAGUAUAUGAAAAAAAAAAAUAUUUUACACUUGAUAAGCGAAAUCUUUUAUAAUUUAUAUAGAGGUAUUUAUGUAAUUUUAAGCUUAUGGCAAAUGAAUUGUGCUAUAUAAGAAAAGCAUUUAACAAAUACAAAAACAACCACAACAAUAAAAUAUCUGAUAGUCAGUCAAUAGCAAGAAAAAUUAAUAAAAAAUCUUGAAAUCUUGCAGAAAAAAUUACAACAAUAAAAGAAAUAAUCUCUCCAUAUGCAUUUAUCAAGUUCUAUGCGCAUGCUUUGGGUUAGCGCUGAAACUGUCCUUCUCUGUGCUGCCCCGACAUCGUUUUAUUUGAACUAUUUUUUAUUUUAGUUUUUUUUUCCUUCUUAUUUCUUAGUAUAUAGUUGUUUUACUAAUGUAAGUUCAUCGUAACCCUUUAAAUCGAAAUACUUUAAAUAAGAGCAACUGAAUUUAAUUUCUAAGAAUUAGUUUGUGUAAAUCGAAUUUAAGCGUUCCUCGAAAAAUCACAAAAGCUGCAAAGCAUUUAUACGAGCGCAUAUAUGUUGCGCUUUAUUUUUCAAAAAUGUAGCACAGUAGAGUAAAUUUAUUACUUAUUGUAACACUUAUUUUUUAUUCAUUUCAUUUCACUUCAUGCCAGAGACAUCAUUAACACUUGCAUUUCUUAUCAAUUUUUGAGUGGCAAAACAGCUGUCACAGUUUAGAAAAGAAUAAGAAGGAAAUGCACUAUUUCAUCGUUAUUGCUUUAAGUUCUAUACCACUGCAACAACAACUAACCUUCAUAGCUAUGAAAAAUCUGAAUUUAUGAAAAAAAUACCAGUUCUAAUUUUCUCAAAACGGUCCAGUACGCUGACGUAUUCGACGAUCCAGUUAAGUUAAGCGGUUAUUGAGCGGCGACUACAGCUCAGCACUUGCUCACUCAAUAUACUGUGGGGCUAAAAAAUAAUAUUUCUAUUCAAGUGACUCAGCAAACUUUAAUAGUUAGUAUUCAUAUAGCAAUGCGAUUGCUUCCCAAAAAUUUAUAUUAUGGACUUAGUAAUUUUUUCAUUUUUACGAGAUACUUAAUAUAUUUGAGCAAAACAAAAAAUAAUAUAAAAAAGUUAAGUGAAUUUCGUGCAAUUGAGCUCAAACAGUUAAAAUUUACAACGUCUUUGCAAUAUUUUUGAAUUGGAUUUUCUUUUAAUAAAUUAAUUUGCAAAGUUGCUUAUAAAAUUUAUUACAAAAAUAUGUAAAUGUUUUAUAAAACCUAAUUUCGUAUUAUUUUGUUUUAAUAUUCAUUAAAGCAAAUUUAAAAUAUAUAAAUCUUUAAUAAUUUUCCUCAAAUAUUAAUAUCAUUUAAUGUUUGUCAAAUUCACAAUUUAUCUUACUCAGUCUCCAUAAAGUGAUGCAAUACCUGUAUUUCGCUGUUUUAAAGCAGAUAACCACAAACAAUAUUUUAGCUCAUACAAUUUCUUAUUAUAUUCUAAUAAUAUUGUUACGUAAUUUAUGCACUUUGUUUUGCAAUGCUUUUAUUUUUUUUAAUUUAAAUAUCAUAUUUGUAGUUUUGUUUUAUAUCCUUCUGAAGUAAGUAACAUUCUUCCAUAUUUCAAGUUCAUAUUUUGUUUAGAAUGUAUUAUUUAUUUUAAAACAUUUCAUAACAACAACACUGCUUAAAAUAAGACAUUUGAAAGCAUUCCUGAAAUCAUUAAUUCGUGUUCUCUCAUGCCAAAUCUGCUAUUUACCUAAGUAGACUUCCUAUAAAAGACAGUUGGUCCAUAUCCUUACUAAUUUCAUUGCUCACUACUCGCAAAGGUUUCAGAACUAUAUACAUACACACCCACAUGUAAACCAUCUACUGCAUACAUUGUAUUGACGUAACUUUCUUCCAGCUUUGCUUUCUCAUGCGCAUCACAACUUCCUCAUUUUAUUUUUCCAGCAUACGAACUACUCAUUAGAAGAUCACUUUAGAAUACAAUAAUCAAAUUUAACUGGUUAUGAAUAACAUACAUUAUUAUAUGGCAUUAAUAUAUACAUAAACGAAUGAAACCAAAGUUAUUAUUAUUAUUAUUUUUUUUUUGUUAAAACGAGCGGAGAGCUCAACCUUUUUUAUAACGAAAAUUUCUCACAAAACUAUUUAAAUAUGUAUAGGGUAUAAAGAUAUAUAUACAUACAUCCACGAGUGAAUUCUUGCAUAAGUAAAUAUCAGUACACACAUACAUACAUACCAGAAAUCCAAUAGAAUCGUGGAUAGAAAAUCAGUAGCAACACAAUUCGUACUCUCCACACGCAUACAAAUAAAGAAAUAUGUGAAGUUGGCACGUACAUAUAUAUAGCAACGAUAUUUGAAUGAAAUGUCAAGUAGAUAUGUAUGUAGCAAAAGUAAAAUCGAUAACGGUAUAAACUCAUAAUCAGGCAAUCCAUGUCAGCUUCCACCAACGCCAACGAGUUUAAUCACAAUUAAUUGAAUUGUGCUCGGAGCUUUAGUGGAAGCUGAAAUAGAUUUGCGAGCAUACAUACAUACAUAGAUACACUUAAUUAAUUACACACAUUCUAAAAUUUAGUUACCGGUAAGCUUCAGCACAUAAUAAAUGAAUAAAUUGGCGCUCAUUUGACACAAAUCCAGUGCAUAUAUAUUGUGGCAGGAAAAGUGAUUUGCAAACCAGAAAUAUGUUUCCAUCAUACAUACACAUCACAUAUGUACAUAUGUAUACCAUAUACCUACAUAUGUGCAUAUAUGCAUCUAUGCAACCUUGCUAAGUUAUUUUACAAUUAUAAAAUGCAAACAUAGUUAAUUUACUUACAUAUUUAAUCAUUUCAUAGUCAUACAUACAUACAUCGUACAUACAUAUAUAAUAUUAUUAUAAAACGCCAGAAGAAUUGCAUUGCAUCCAUCCUCAUUGUCACAUAAACAAGAUGUGCUCAUACACAUACAUACAUACAUACUCGUAUGCACAUACAUAAUUAAGCAUUUGUCAUAAUGUUAUGUUACAUAAAGCAAUUAAUUAAUUAGUGAAACCAGAUUAAAAAAUUAUUGAAUAAAAAUAAGUUAAAACAAAAUGAAAUAAUGAAAAAAGUAAAAACAAAAUCAUUAGAACGUGAUUAGGAUUAACGUGAAUGAUAACCUAUAAAAAUUGUUUAGCGUAGUUGGUAAUUUUUUGUACAUAAACAAAUAAAUAUUAUUAAAUUUAAAGCGUAAUAAUAAAUAUUAACAUAAUAAUAACUAAUGAGAACAAAUUGAAAGUGGAAUGUAAGGGAGUUAUAUACGCAAGAUUCGCUGCUAAAGCGAAUAAGAAGUGAAUCAUAAAUCAUAGCUGACAGAAAUUAUGUGUAAUAAUAAUGAAAUAAAUUAUGAUAUAAAAUUCAAAA